UCAAAUCCAAGAGACACCAGCCUGAAGACCAUGGUCUCGAAGCUGAGUCAUCUUCAAGUGGAGCUGCUGGGAGCACUGCUGGAGUCGGGGCUAACCAAGGAGACCCUCAUCAAGGCGCUGAGCGAAGUGGAACCCUACAUGCUCCAGAGUGAAAGUCAGCGUGCUAUCAAUGCCCUCCAGACAGAGAAAGGGGAACCCUGUCCCGACAUCCCCAACGGAAUGGGGGAGUCCAGGUUAUCAGAAGAUGAAACCUCUGAUGAUGGGGAGGAAUUUACCCCUCCAAUAAUGAAGGAGCUGGAAAACUUGAGCCCUGAGGAGGCUGCUCACCAGAAGGCUGUGGUGGAAAGACUAUUACAAGAGGAUCCCUGGCGAGUAGCAAAAAUGGUGAAAUCCUACCUCCAGCAGCACAACAUCCCUCAGCGUGAGGUGGUGGACACUACUGGUCUGAACCAAUCUCACCUCUCACAACACCUCAAUAAGGGCACUCCCAUGAAGACCCAAAAAAGGGCAGCCCUCUACACCUGGUAUGUCCGCAAGCAGCGAGAGGUGGCCCAGCAAUUCACACAUGCUGGCCAGGGUAUCCUGACAGAGGAGCCCAUGGGAGAUGACCUGCCCACCAAGAAGGGAAGAAGAAACCGCUUUAAGUGGGGUCCUGCCUCACAACAGAUCCUGUUCCAAGCCUAUGAGAGACAGAAAAACCCCAGCAAAGAAGAGAGAGAGGCGCUGGUGGAAGAGUGCAACAGAGCAGAGUGUAUUCAGAGAGGCGUUUCCCCAUCUCAGGCCCAGGGACUGGGCUCGAACCUGGUGACAGAGGUCAGAGUUUAUAACUGGUUUGCCAAUCGCAGGAAGGAGGAGGCUUUCCGGCACAAGCUGGCCAUGGACACCUUCAGUGGACCACAGCCCACCUCUGCUCCUCCUCUAACUCCUCACAACUCUUCCUCCCUCCAGCCACCAUCUACUCUCUCACCCAGCAAAGUUCACGGAGUGAGGUACAACCAGCAGCCAGCCAGCGAGGCAGAGUCCUCCAGCAGCAACCACCAUGGGAACAGCUCCAUGGUGACCACCCAAACCAUCCUGCAUCAGGUUUCUCCCCCUGGACUGGAGCCCAGCCAGAACCUACUGAACACAGACACCAAGCUGGUCUCAGCUCCUGGAGGAACUCUCCCUCCUGUCAGCACCCUGACUGCCUUGCAUAGCCUAGAGCAAAAUCCACAUGCACUGAGCCAGCAAACUCAGAACCUUAUCAUGGCAUCACUGCCGGGUGUAAUGGCAAUUGGAGCUGGUGAGACCUCAUCCCUAGCACCAGCAUUCACCAACACAGGUGCCUCCACCCUGGUGAUAGGCCUGGCUUCAACCCAGCCCCAGAGCGUACCUGUAAUAAACAGCAUGGGGAGCAGCCUCACUACCCUGCAGCCCGUCCAGUUCUCCCAGCAACUGCACCCAUCCUACCAGCAGCCCCUCAUGCAGCAGGUCCAGAGCCACAUCAACCAGAGCCCCUUCAUGGCUACCAUGGCCCAGAUACAGAACCCUCAUGCUCUCUACGGCCCCAAGUCUGAAGUGGCCCAAUACACACAUACAGGCCUCUUACCACAAACCAUGGUGAUAACAGAUACAGCCAAUCUCAGCGCCCUGACUAACCUGACACCAACUAAACAGGCGUUCACAUCUGACUCGGAGACUCACACAGAAUCUGGGAUGCAUACACCAGUGUCACAGGCACCAACAAUACAUUUACAGAACCAAGACACAACCAUCCAGCACCUUCAGCCAGGCCCUCGCCUCACCUCAAGCCCUGCUGGUAAGAGCAGCAGCCACUAUUAUCUUAAACCACAUAUUGCCAUUUCUCUUGACAAUAUUAUUAUUAUUAAUAGCACUCUACCAGUGUCUUGGGAGGGGUUGAAAAGCUG